GGAGGAGCCACAGGCUGCACGUUCAUUGUCAGGAGGACAGGUGCAGUUCGGAAACAGCAGCUUUUUGCUACAGCGACUGAUGGAYAGGGCAUCCUGCUGAGGAAGUUCCAGCGGGAGGAUGUCUCCAAUGAGUCUUAGAAGAAGAUAACAAACAUUUUAACAAACUAAACAGCCCUCUGCACWGAUGGCCUUCUUCCAACAGCUUCAGCUUCUUCUCUGGAAGAAUGGACUGGCAAUCAUCAGACAGCCGUUGUGGUCCCUGACUUUGGUUGCCUGGCCUCUCAUCCUCUUCAUCAUCAUCGCUGUGACCCGGUACCAAUUCCCUGCGUUUCCAACAGAUACAUGUUAUGUUGGACCUCGUAACCUACCCAGCGCAGGAUUCUUCCCCUUCCUGGAGACCAUCCUGUGCAACGCAGACAGCACCUGUCAUAACACAUCUCGCUUGGUGGACUCAACAGCAUCAAAGCCCUCAAGAAAACGGAGGUCUGCCUCCACUUCAGAGUCUUCCCUUCUUGAAGGUCUGGUUUCAGGGGGGGCAGGGUUCGACCUUUCUCUCCUCAACGACCCUCGCAAUGAUCCUUCAGAGUUGGUUAACUUCAUGAAAAGCUUUCUGGGUUCUUCCUAUCAAGAAAAUGCAAAAAAUUUCUCCAUGAGUCCAGUCGACACAAAUCUGACGGAUCAGGAAACCGUGAACAAAAUACUUGAGUCUGUGAAUGUUUUGAAGAGAGCCGUCUGCGCCGUCGCUCUGCCCUGGAUAAAGGACGGAGCACCCGGCCCUGUCACCGAUGCUGCAGUCGUUUUCUGCAACACCAACAGCACUUUGUUCGAAGUCUCCCUUCAAACAUUGAACACAAUAUUGACUGAGUUGUUUGUGGAAAACCCAGACCAGAUGAUGACAGCUGCAGGGAUGUCGGUGUUAACGUUUGAUCAGCUGCAAAACGAUACCUCUCUUUGGGAGAGCCUUCUAGCUAUUCCUGAGAUCUUAUCUUCCUUUUCUGCCAACCAACCGCUGAACAGCACUGAAGUUUUACUGACAAAUUUGCAAAGUCUAAUGCUUGCCAUCGAGAAAAAUUUCCCYGAAGCAUCUGACUCCUUGUCAACAAUUCACUCAUUGCUUGAUGGUGGACUCGGCGUGGUGAACUAUGCUCAAAACUGGCCUGGAAAAGAUGUUGCAAUAUCUCUUGGAGAUGUUGUCGUUUUGCACAACGACACAAUUAGUGAAAUUGCAAAACGCAUUCUGCAAGAGGUUCAGAUACCACUUCACAUGGCUAUUCCUCUGGCGUGGGAUGUAGACAUGGUGUAUUCUAGCUUGUGUGGUGACAACAGUAAGACACUGUUGCUAACAGUAGCAUGCAGUACUGGCACCCUGGACACGCUUCUCAGGUGGAUUGACCCUGAUACAGUGGUCAUACAGACUCUCCUGAAAUGGAUUAAAUAUGUGGCAGCAGAUGAUGUGGCCUUUGUCAAAAGACUGGUGUACAGUCUGACCGGUUCUUCACCCUCAGGAGCCACCAACACUAGAAGAUCUCAGCGAAGCGUAGAUGCACAACCACAAAACCCUGAGGAGGAGCUAUUUCUGGGUUUUGGUGAAGUGUUUGUAGAGAUCGCAAACAUUGAUCCUGAGUUUAAUUUGGUUGUUGAGAUGGCACUCGGUACUGUGUUUCAGUCCAUGAGGGCAGCUACGGUGACUUUAUCCACUGUGGAAGAAGUCAUUGGGAAUGCCCUGGAAGAUGCGGCUAAUUUCCAGCAGAUGAUUCAUAAUCUAACAAACCAGUCUGAGGCCAGCGCUUGGAUCAGCCACAUCCUGGGAAAUGUGACAGAGAUAAUUAUGAAGACGCAGGGAUCAGAUUAUCAUUCAUGUGAAGAACUUCUUCAACCUAUUGAGUGGCUCCUGUCCAUCAAGAGCAUAAAUAUAGAAGUGUGGAGAUCACUAUUCUGCAGCAAUAACACAAAUCUGACAGAAGAUUUGCUAGCAGACUGGAUGCCUGUGAUUCAACAGAUGCAAGAAGUGUCCAGCAUUUUUACAAGCCAAGCAGAGCUCAAUGUAACACUUCCCAUGAUUCUCUCUGAGUGGCACAACUUUUACAACACCAGCCUGGAGUUUCUGAAAUUUUGGGACACAAGACUGGUUGGAGAGGACUGGAUGAAUUGGAUUCCUGAGACAAAUGCCGAUCAUGUUACUGGAAUUCUUCAACAAAGCCUCAUCAUGUCUGUUGAAGGGUUUGGAAAAGCUCUUGAGGAGAAUGAGCUUUGGCCUGCGAUGAAGGACUACUUCCACAUCGUUUACUGGGUUUUAAACUACAGGCCUGGUGUCACAACAGAGCCACCAAACUGUUAUGUCAGCAUGGACUCUUUUGCCCUUCAUUGUAAUACUAGCUUCAACUGGCCACAGUUUGUCACAGCCAUGACCGAUUCUCUGAUGUCACCAGACCCAGAUGCCUCAUUAAAUUGUCUCAAAGGAACRGUGAUGCUAUUGCAGCACGUGUACGAAGACACCUACACAAAUCUGGCAGCCUCAUAUUUACAAGAAAUUCAAGGAGGAGAUUCUCUCUCUGCCUACCUCAACAAGCUGCUGGUUAACUUGAAUGACAAUGUUCAGACAGUCACUGGUCUUCCAAACCAAAACCUCACAAACCCUGCUCUCAUCACUGGCUUGUUGGAGUCCACAGGUCUGAAACCACUCCUACCUCUUUUCUUCAGCGACAGACCCCUUAAUAUCUCCACUUUGCUUGAAAUAGCUUCGUCAUUAGGCAGGCUCAACCAAAACAUCUUUACUUUCAAUGAGACAGACCCAUCACUUCCUGAACUGGAGCAGCUGAUUUUGAAGUUCUUCUCACUGGAGGGUAACCUGACAGUUCCUCUCUCUAACAUCAUGGGAUACAGCUUGCUGACCUAUUCGGCCUACUUCAGUCCUGAAUUUGUGGCUAGUGUUAAAGAAGCAAUUCAACCCUUCACCAAUCAGACCUCAGCUGGCUUUGUAGAAGCUAUCCUCAGCGCCACUGAACUUCUGAAGACACUGACUGAUUCUCCAAAUGCUGACCCAACUAGCAUCAUUCUUGGGUACUUGCGCCAGCUUCAAGAGUUUAUGAUUUCUGCUUUUAGACUGCAAACAAUAGAAUAUCCAAAUGGGCAGCUGAAUACAACCCAAAUCACUGAUCUCCACAUGGUUCUGAUGGACUUUCUCAGCCUUCUAACCCCUGAGAGUCUUCAGGCACUAACUCAGGCUGGACCUGAUGCUGCCCAGGACAUUGUCAUUCAGAGGUUUGUAGCACUACUACCAUCCAGUGUACAAAAAGAUGCUUCCCGCUUUCUGGAGGACUUCAAAAUUCUGCAAAAUCAAGUGACUAAUUGUAGUGGAGAAACAGGACAAAACUGUCUGCAGGGAAUUUCAGAAAUCCCUACAAUUCUUUCUCAAAUUGUAGAAAUGAUGCUUGCAACCAAUGGUGGGGUCAGUAUUCAAAUAGCUGCAACUAAUCCUGCUGCCUGGAGCAAGAGCUAUGAAGUACUGACCAACUUUUUCACACUCCUGUCACCAGAUGAUGCUGCCUAUGUAGAAACAAUCAAACAGGCUUUUGAUUUCCUCAGAAUUGUAAUGAAUUCAGGAGACAUUACAGAGUCCAGUGUUGAGAAUGCUUUGAUGCAGUCAAAUCUAAGCAUUUACCAGCUGGAUAAAAUUGUUGCUCUAAUUGGAGCGGCCAACAUGAAUGAUCUGACUGAAAAGGUGAUGGGGUUUGUUGAUGCAAAGGAGUGUUUUAAACCUCAUAAUACCAUGAUGGAAACAAGACACUGUGUCAUGGAACUGAUGAAUGACAUCAGCAACAUUUUAACCCAAAUUCCUGCUCUCCGUAAUGAGACUGCUGUCCUGUCUAUGAUCUCAAUGAUUGCCAAUAAAACUACCAGUGAAGUCAUCCAAAUAAACUUCAGUUCCAGUCCUGAAAUGGUUGUUGAACAAAUUUUGAAUAUCAGCUUAGCCAAUAUUAAGGUGGGCCUUCAGUUGAACCAGCUGGAUACUUCUGAGAUCAUGAAUGAAAUCACAAUAGUGGAGCAACUAAUAUGGCUGGCCACCAACAUGGAACCAUUUGACACACUGAAUUUGACCUUGGCCAAUGAUCCAGUAAAGGCCCAAAAUAUUUCACUGGAACUUGUGGAGUGGUACUUACAAAGGCUGGAAAAACUCAUCUCCCUUUCACACCUCCUGUCACCAGAUGAUGUUGCUUAUGUAGAAACAAUCAAACAGGCUUUUCAGUUCAUCAGAUUAGUGAUGAAUUCAGCGGAUAUUACAGGGUCCAGUGUUGAGAGUGCUCUGAUGCAUUCAAAUCUAACCAUUUACCAGCUGGAUAAAAUCGUUGCUCUAAUUGGAGCUGCCAACCUGAAUGAUCUGAUGGCAAAACUGAUGAGGACUGUCGAUGCAAAAGAGUGUUUUAAACCUCAGAAUACCAUGGUGGAAACAAAUCAUUGUGUCAUGGAUCUCGCAAAUGAAAUUGAUGGCUUGUUGACCCAACUUCCAGCUCUCCAUAAUGACACAGCUGUCCUGUCACUGAUCACAAUGAUUGUCAAUGAAACUACUAGUGAAGUCAUAAAGACAAACUUCAGUUCCAGUCCUAAUGUGAUUGUUUCACAAAUUUUGAAAAUCAUCUUAGCCAAUAUCAAGAAGGGCCUCCAGCUAAACCAACUGAACACUUCAGAGACUAUGAAUGAAAUCUCAAUGAUGGAGCAACUAAUAUGGCUAGCCACCAUCAUGGAACCAUUUGACACAUUUAAUACCACCUUGGUCAAUGAUCCAGUAAAGGCCCAAAAUAWUUCACUGGAAAUUGUGGAGUGGUACUUAGAAAGGCUGGAAAAAAUCAUCUCCUUUUCACACCUUCUGUCACCAGAUGAUGUUGCCUAUGUAGAAACAAUAAAACAGGCUUUUCAGUUCCUCAGAUUAGUGAUGAAUGCAGCGGAUAUUACAGGGUCCAGUGUUGAGAGUGCUCUGAUGCAUUCAAAUCUAAGCAUUUACCAGCUGGAUAAAAUUGUUGCUCUAGUUGGAGCUGCCAACCUGAAUGAUCUGAUGGCAAAACUGAUGAGGAUUGUCGAUGCAAAAGAGUGUUUUAAACCUCAGAAUACCAUGGUGGAAACAAAUCAUUGUAUCAUGGAACUCACAAAUGAAAUUGAUGGCUUGCUGACCCAACUUCCAACUCUCCAUAAUGACACAGCUGCCCUGUCUCUGAUCACAAUGAUUGUUAAUGAUACUACUAGUGAAGUCAUAAAGACAAACUUCAGUUCCAGUCCUAAUGUAAUUGUUACACAAGUUUUGAAUACCAUUUUAGCCAAUAUCAAGAAGGGCCUCCAGCUAAACCAACUGAACACUUCAGAGACUAUGAAUGAAAUCUCAAUGAUGGAGCAACUAAUAUGGCUUGCCACCAUCAUGGAACCAUUUGACACAUUUAAUACCACCUUGGUCAAUGAUCCAGUAAAUGUCUUAAAGGUUUCUCUGGAGUCUGUGGAGCGUUACUUGGAAAGGCUGGAAAAGAUCACCUUCUUCUCACUACUCCUGUCACCAGAUGCUGCUUCCUAUCUAGAAACAAUCAAACAGGCUCUUGAUUUCCUCAGAUUAGUGAUGAAUUCAACAGACAUUACAGGGUCCAGUGUUGAGAGUGCUCUGAUUCAUUCAAAUCUAAGCAUUUACCAGCUGGAUAAAAUUGUUACUCUAGUUGGAGCUGCCAACAUGAAUGAUCUGAUUGGAAAGGUGAUGGGGUUUGUUGAUGCAAAGGAAUGUUUUAAACACCAGAAUACCAUGAUGGAAAGAAGUCACUGUGUCGGUGGACUGAUGGAUGAGAUCAGUGGCUUUUUGACCCAACUUCCAGCUCUCUGUAAUGAGACUGCUGCACUGUCUCUGAUCUCAAUGAUUGCCAAUAAAACUACCAAUGAUAUUAUCCAGAUAAACUUCAAUUCCAGUCCUGAUAUUGUUGUUGCACAAACUUUGAAUACCAUUUUAGCAAAUAUCAAGAGGAGCCUCCAGCUAAACAAUCUGGACACUUCAGAGAUCAUGAAUGAAAUCACAAUGGUGGAACAACUCAUAUUGUUGGCAACCAGCAUGGAACCAUUUACCACAUUUAAUGCUACAUUGUUCAAUGAGCCACUAAAUGCCCAGAAAGUUUCACUGGAGCUUGURGAGUGGUACUUGGAAAGACUGGAAAAUAUCACAAACAACAGUUCGGUCUCAGAGCUCCUUCAUCCCCUUUUCUACCUCACACAAAUGCAAGUGACAUUCCAACUGGCUCAGACAGAAUUCUCUUUGUUUAUCAGUAACAAAACUGAGUAUCUGAUGAACACACUCCAGUACCCRUUAGAUGAGGCAGGUAUGAACACAAUCGUAAAGACAACAAAUGAGAUCCUUCAGCAUCUAAUGGACUACCUCAAUGCAACCAUAGAGUUGCAGAGUAACUCUUCAUGUUUUAACUCGCUGUUCAACACAAGUGAUCUAUAUUCCACUGAACUCCAAAUCAAACACUACCUCCAACUUAUAGAACAGUGGAUAGACCAGCCUAAUAUCCAAAUGCUCCUAACAAAUUUGUUCCAAUGGGGAAACUCCUCCACAUCYUUAUUCAGCGUAGUGACAGACCUUCACAACAUGCUGAAUAUGACGGCUAGUUUUCUCACUGAAGAACAAAAAUCCUACCUCUUCAUGGUAGCCAGUAUCACCCAGUCUCUCAGUGAAGUCAUAACAGUGGCAGAGCAACCUGGUGGCCUACAGAGUGAACACUUUGUAGCUUCUCUGAUAGGAGCAGUCCACAGUGCACUGAUCCCCAACCCAUAUUGGGCUGACCUGUCGCCCAAUCUAAAGCAGGACUGUCUGGAAACUGUGCAAUAUUCACUGACCCUCCUUGUUAGACAAAACCUAAAUUCUGGCCAAACACGUAAUGCCACCUUACUCAUCUUGGAGGGAGUUGAGAGGAUUAUUCAACAAACAACACCAACAUGGAUUGCUCAAUAUCUUCUUUCUGUCGCUAAAUUAAUCAGUACUUACUUUGAGAGCACUGACGGCAGUGAACCAGACCAGUGGGAUCAAAUAAUUUUGAAUGAGAUGAAGACAAUCCAGAGCCUCCUGCCACCAAACAGUACUGCUGAAUCAUUCAUUGGUACAUUCAUUAACUUGGGUGAAUUCAUUUUGCAGUUUGUCCAAGACAACAUGACACUCCAAGGUUUUGAAGGAACAUCCGAACAGCUGAGCUCAGAAGUUAUUGGCCAGCUGGGCAGAUUUUUGAUCAGAUCUUUCCAACUUUUAAUGGGUGGCACCAGCUCCGGUAGUGAUCUUACUUAUCUUGCUCCAGUUUUGGAGCAGGUGAUGAAUGGGAGCGCAAACCAAGAAACAUGGGAUCACUUUGAACAGAUUCUGGUAGACCUACUGUCUUCUCUUGAAGGACAAGAAGAAUGGAACUGCACCUCAUCUGUUUUGCCUCAGUUUGAAAAAGUCACAGAAAACAUAGUGAAGAACAUGCAAGCACAGAAUGUGUUAAUACUGAGCCUUCAGAUGCCUGUUUUGGCCCUGAUGACAGAUAUUGUAACAGCUGUGAACACCAGUCAUUUCAACUUGUCGGAGCUCACAGGGCGAAUGCAGCUUGCCAUUGAAAGUACACUUCAAUCAKCUCAGCAGGCAAACGGUACAUUGAACUGCAGCGACGUGCUCAAAGCAUGGGAGCCUGUUGGACAGGCAGCAGGUUUAAACGCUGCCACACUGGCUAUGUGGUGCCACAUCAGCCUGCAGCCUGUACUGGAGGCUUGUGCUACAGCUGAGACCGACUACUCCAACCUGAACAUGAGUGACAUGGCCAAGGAACCAAUAAGUGUGAGAGCCGCAGCUGGCAGGAUUGUGGAAACAAUACAGUUACUCUAUGAAGUCAACAUUAACAACACACUUGUGAUAGAGCAGUACAUCGUGACUUUCUCCAACCAGCUCAAUGUGCUGACUGGCCAGCCUUUGAGCCUUGAGGCACAGUCUUACUGGUACAAGCAGCUCCUGGACAUGCAGCUGCAAAACAGUUUGUCUCUGAUUAAACAGAACUCAGAUGAGUUGGUGAGAGAGGCUCCUUUCUUGCAACCCUACAUUGAUGCUUUAAGUAACGCACUGAGCCACAUCCUGGAAAACUACCACCUCACUGAAAACAACAACGCGUCCCAUGUUUUCGAGGAAGCAGCCCUGAUCUUCCUAAGCUCUGCAAACAUCACCUUAGAUGACAUCUCCGUGAUGUGGGGAAACACUUCUGCUAUCAACGAGACCGUUCUUGCUGACUUAAUAAAUUAUGCUAUCAAAUUGAUGAUCAAGACAGAGGCUUUUGGAGAUUCGGCCAUCAUUUACCAAACCAUGGAACAACUCCUGGCGUCCAAUGGCACAAACUUGAUCGUGGAAAGUUUCUUUGAGGUGUUUAUUUGGCUGACCUCGACUGAAGCAACUGCACCAGAUCUGCUGAGCCAGGCCCCUCUCCAACUCUAUAACCUCAUCAGGCCUAUUUUAUAUGUCUUCACUAGAUUGAUUGUGUCUGACCCAGAGGAUGUGGUUCUGUAUGAAGACUUUGCUGUUAAUAUUCUUUCAGAGCUUAGUCAGUUUGUGAGCACCAUCAGACUUCUCCCUCUUGGGCACCAAGAAGAAGUCAUGUUUCAAUCUGAAGAGGCGACUGUUACAACACCGACAAGAGUCAGGCGAAAACGUGAUCUCUCGAUGAUGACGACGGCGACAAGGCAGCCCCAGCUCCUAGAAGACAUCUUUAAUAUGCUUUCCAUUGACUACUCAACCUUAUAUGGAGCCGCUUUGGUUCCUCCAACCUCAGCAGAUGUAAUGGAGACGGCUCACACUUUCUUUGGCAAUCCUAAUCUGAAUACUGUGAUGAAGGGGGCUACAAGUGACAUGCAGUGGAGCUAUAACGCUUCACAGGAGGAUACCAUCGAUGCUGCCCUCGGCGUGGCCUCUUUCCUCACCCACUCACAGGUGUUGGAAAAACCACUAAUGGACGUUCUGAUGAAUGCGACUAACAUGCUCCCUGAUGGCAUUCCUUACGCCUCUGAGAUUAAAAAUAUUGCCGGAGCGCUGGCAAAUGAAUCUCAAGAGAACCUGAUGAUUAUGCAGCAAACCAUCCAAACAGCUGCYGGGCUCCUGAGCAACCUCUCAAACACAGAACAACUGCAGCAACUCAGAAACAAGGUGUGUAUAUUGGAGAGUAUGGACUCUGUGCGUCUGAUGAUGGAAACCGUUUCCAUUGCACCUGGGGAUCUCUGUCAUACUUUUAUACCAAGCCUACAGAUCUUGGCUGAAAAUCUUCAGACAAAUAAAAGCCUCCUGCCAGAAAUCACCCUUCAGGCUGUCAUGGGAGAUCCAAGGAGCUACAACAUCCAGACAAACUGGAGUGAUGUCUUCAUGAACGCUUUUGGCUUGGAUAUGAGCAAUGUGACGUUGGCAAACAUCACUUCUCCAGGAGUUGUGACAUUCGGGGAUAUGCUGAGGGACAAAGCUGCCUUUAUUCUGGUCGCUCAACAACACCUGGGUAUUGAUCCAGCUGCCCUUCUGCUCCUGAUGGAAACACCUUUCCCAAACAGCAAUGUUGAGAUGCUGUCUUGGUUUACAAAUCUGCAACACUGCAACGCUACGCCAGCCACAGUCACGCAACAGUUCUUCUGCUCAUUGUCUGCUGAGGAAAUGUUCAAGUUCUUGCUGCUGAUGGCUAAACAUUUAAACACGGAGAAGCUCGUCUACAGAAUGGUGUUGUCGGAUGAAAUCCAGGGUCUUGUUGGAGUCAUGGUUCAGGCGGCUGAAACUGUGACAGGGGUGAUGAAAAAGAUUAUGCCUGUUGUCAUACAACUGCAGAACUACCUGCGUUCCAUCCAAGACCUCAACCUGGGGUCCAACAAAGACGUUUUACAAAUGACAAGAGGGGCAAGGUCUAGUGACUCCACACGAGCAUCGUUUGUGACCCUGUCUCGUGCUUUGUGCAGUAACGGUAUCCUGGCUCUGUUUGGACUCUCAAAGAUGCCAGAUUUGUCAGAACCAUCACUUUACAACGAGCAACGCAAGGAAGAGAUGAUCAAGAGAUUCAAGAUUCCCCGAGACUCCUCUCCCUUCUGUAUGAACAUGUACCUGGACAUGGUCAACACCACAGGAGGAGCCAUCGCCUGGGCCUUCCUCAAACCAAUGCUGAUGGGACAUAUCCUUUACACACCGGAUACACCUGUCACCAGGAACAUCAUGCAGAAGGCCAACGCCACUUUGCAGGAGUUUGCAGAUCUGAAGAAACAUUCCGAGGACUGGAUCGAAUCUUCGAGUUACAUCAUAAAGUCAGCCGAAAUACUCAGCACCACUUUGCCAAUGCUGCAGAACUCCCUCAAAAACUCCUUUGUGAAGAAUUUCAUUGAGAUGCAGACAAACAUAAAUGUCGACAGUAUGAAGGAGACGUUUAACAGCUUCUCUAACAUGUCACUGAUGCUAGACAAGAACAAACAGAUUCUUGAUCAGAUCACCACCCUGUCCACGCUGAUGACAACGCUCUCCUCCUGCAUCAARUUUGACCGUUAUCGUGGCUACGCCUCCAUCGAGGAGACGGACCGUGCGGCCCAGGAGCUCGCCAAAAACCGUGAACUCUAUGCAAGUGUCAUUUUCAAGCUUUCUGAAGACUCUUCAAGGAAGGCUAGAUCCUCUCCGUCCUCAGCAUCUUCUCUGCCUCCCAAAGUCAGCUACACCAUCCGUAUGCACAUGGACAAUGUCAUGCGAACAGACAAAGUGCGAACCUCRUAUUUCAUCAAGGACACGCACAUCUCGGCCAGGCUGACGAUGCGCUACAACCGGGGAUUUAUCUACCUGCAAGAAAACAUCGACCGGGCCAUCAUUGAAACCCAGAUUGGGAAGAAAGUCACAGAUGUGGCUGUGCAGACGCAGCCCUUCCCGUAUCCGUGCUUCCUGCGAGACGAGUUCCUGGAGGCCAUGUCUUUUGUCUUCCCUCUCAUGCUGAUGAUACCAUGGGUGUUGUUUGUGGCUGAUUUUGUGAAGAAACUGGUGUAUGAAAGGGAGCUGAGGCUGCAUGAGUAUAUGAAAAUGAUGGGAGUCAACCCUCUCAGUCACUUUUUUGCCUGGUUCCUGGAGUGUGCUGCCUAUCUGUUGAUGAGCAUUUUCAUCCUCACAAUGGUUCUGAGUUAUGGGAACAUCCUGCCCCAAAGCGAUGGUUUCCUCCUUUUCCUGUUCCUCUGCAACUACGGUCUGAGCAUCCUGGCCUUCAGUUACCUGGUCAGCGCCUUAUUUGAUAAGACCUACAUCGCCGGACUGAGCGGAAGCCUCCUCUACGUCCUCUGCUUCUUCCCUUUCAUCAUCGUCAUGGCCCUGGAAAGCAAUUUAACCUUUACCGUGAAGAGUGUUCUGGGUCUGUUUUCGCCAACUUGUUUCAGCUAYGCCUGUCAGUACAUUACUCGCUACGAGUCUCAAGGAGAAGGAAUUCAUUGGAGCAACUCGUACAUCUCUCCCAUCGCUGGAGACACAGCCUCCUUUGGCUGGUUGUGCUGGCUCAUACUCAUCGACUCCGUCAUGUACUUCAUCAUCGGGGCUUACAUYCGCAUGGUUUUCCCAGGGAAAUAUGGCAUCCCUGCACCGUGGUACUUCCCCUUCCAACUCUCCUUCUGGACUGAGCUCUUCAGUUGUAAAGGUUCAACAAAAACUGAAGGCAAAGGACUCUUCUUUUCCAACGUCAUGCAGAAUAAUCAGCCGGUCUUCUCUGAAGGCAAAGGAAAAGAAAAGGGAACUCUCUCCUACAGUGCUGGUGAAGAUUUUUCAGAGUUCCCUGUGGGUGUUGCMCUCCACGGCCUCACCAAGAUGUACGGCGAUCAAGCAGCCAUUCAAAACCUUAACGUGUCCUUCUAUGAGGGCCACGUCACCUCACUGCUGGGCCACAACGGAGCCGGAAAGACCACCACCAUGUCUCUCCUGACUGGCCUUUUUGCCCCGACAUCAGGCUCCAUAGAGGUGUACGGCAAAGACAUGCAAUUAAACACCGACAAAGUCCGUAAAGAGCUCGGCGUCUGCAUGCAGUACGACGUCCUCUUUGACCACAUGACCACCAAGGAGCACUUGCUGCUGUACGGCCAGAUCAAAGCCCCACAGUGGUCACGCAGAGAGCUGCACGAACAAGUCCGCACGAUCCUGGAGGAGACGGGCAUGUACGCCCACAGACACAAGCGGGUCGGCACCUUGUCGGGGGGCAUGAAGCGCAAGCUGUCAAUCUCCAUCGCCUUCAUAGGGGGCUCACGCUUGGUGGUUCUGGAUGAACCCACCACAGGAGUGGAUCCGUGCUCCAGGCGCAGCAUCUGGGACAUUGUUAUCCAGCACAAGAAAAAUCGCACCAUUAUCAUGUCCACCCACCACCUGGAUGAGGCUGAAGUACUGAGCGACCGCAUUGCUUUCCUGGAACGAGGAGGAUUAAAAUGCUGUGGAUCACCCUUCUACUUGAAAGACAAGCUGGGUCAAGGCUACAAACUCACCCUCACCAAGAAGAUUCAAGGUGCAGAAUCGAAGCCCAUAGACAGUGCUGAGCUGAAGUCUGUCAUCCAAGCUCAUCUACCUGAAGCACGACUGACAGAAGCCAAUGGGGGUGACCUGGUUUACUCACUGCCCCCCUUCWCCUCAUCCAACGCCUCCUCGUACCGCUCUCUUUUGACCUCGCUGGACACCAACCUGGACGAGCUGCAGCUGGGAGGUUAUGGCAUUUCUGACACCACGCUGGAGGAGGUUUUCCUCCAGUUGACUAAUGGAGUCACAGAGGAGGGGAGGCCCCUGUCGAUAUCAGAGACGGUUUCUGAGACGAGAUCUAUUGACAGCUUCUCAUCAGACUGCAGUGAUGAUUUUGGCAAAAUAGGCGACAAGAUCCAGCUGUCCAGUUCAUCCACAGAGAGUGGUUUGGUCCUGGCCUGGCAGCAGCUGACAGCCAUGCUAAUCAAGAGAUUCCACCACAGCCGGAGGGACUGGAAGGGCCUGAUCGCUCAGAUCCUGCUACCUGUUCUCUUUGUGGUGAUCGCUAUGGGCCUGGGCUCCAUCAAGAGCGACAUGAAGCACUAUCAGGAACUGGAGCUAAGCCCUGCGCUCUACAACAUUGGGCCAAGUUACUCUUUCUUCAGUAACCAAAACCCAAGAUCCAGCCUUCUGGUGGACACCAUGCUGUCUAUCCCUGGAAUCGAUAACGCCUGCCUCGACAAGUCUGAUAACCAGGUCUGCACAAGAAGCACAAACAAGUGGAUCUCCAGAGGAAACAUCUCCGAACCAUUUAGUGUCUGUAAAUGCACCCGAAAGGAACAGAUUUGUGAGAAGAAUAACUACCAGCCCCCACAUAAGAAGAUCCCCUCAUCACAGACUGUCUAUAAUCUGACUGGUCUCAAUGUGGAGAACUACCUGUUGGCCACAGCCAAUGAUUUCAUCAGGAACAGGUAUGGAGGCUUUGCUUUCGGCAUGCCUCUCCCGCCCAACUUGAAAUUGGACGUUACUGCAGUGCCUGAAAACCGCACACUGUCCAAGGUUUGGUUCAAUCCUGAGGGUCACCACACAAUGCCCGCUUACCUGAACACUCUCAACAACAUYAUCCUGCGCUCCAAUAUCCCAGUUGAUAAAAAGCCACAAAAAUAUGCCAUUUCAGUGUCCAGCCAUCCUUAUUUUGGCCGGAAGGAUGAUGAAGAUACAGUCAUUGAGGGAGUGCUCCAGAUCCUCGUGGCUGUGUGUGUGCUGACCGGAUUCUCAAUUACCACUGCCAGCUUCGCCAUCUAUGAAGUCACUGAGCACAACAGUGGGUCAAAGAGGCUCCAGCACAUUGCUGGCAUCAGCGAGACUUUCUACUGGACUGUGAACUUCUUCUAUGACAUGGUCAUUUAUUUGAUUCCUGUGACUCUGACCAUCUGUGUGAUUGCCGCUUUCCAAAUUCCAGCCUUCACAGAGCGGCAAAAUUUGGGAGCUGUCAGCCUCCUUUUUGUGCUCUUUGGGUUUUCUACAUUCCCCUGGAUGUAUCUGCUAGCAGAAGUCUUCAAAGAUACGGAAAUUGCCUUCAUCUCUUAUGUCUGCAUCAACCUCUUUAUCAGCAUGAACACCAUCCUGUCCACCUCCAUUCUGUACUUUCUUGGACAAAUAGCAAUGCACAAACCAGAGGCUAUCCAAGAUAUCUUCCAAAACCUCUGCAACGCAUUCCUCAUCUUCCCUCAGUUCAACUUUGGAAACGGUCUGAUACAGCUGGCCAGAUCGAACAUCGAGGUCCAGAUUCUCAGCGGCUACGGAAUUGAUGCUUAUAAAGACCCAUUCUCCUCAGAGGCCUUAGGGAAGAUGUUCAUCGCUUCCAUCGUCCAAGGCAUAGUUUUCUUCACCCUGCGCCUCUUGCUCAACAAAACUGUCAUACGUAAAGUCAGCCAUCUAAUUUGGGGCAAAAAGACCAUUCCUGAAAUUGCUCCUGAAGAAGAGGAUGAGGAUGUAGCAACAGAACAUCUUCGAGUCGCUGCUGGAGCAGCCAGCUCAGACAUACUGCAGAUCAAGCAGCUCUCUAAGGUCUAUGAACAUCGCAAUAAGAAGGUUCAUGCUGUCAAGAAGCUGUCUGUGGGCAUCCCUGUAGGAGAGUGCUUUGGCCUGCUGGGAGAAAACGGCGCYGGAAAAACUACWACCUUCAAGAUGCUGACUGGAGAUGUUAGCCCAACCGACGGCUCAGCACAGAUCAGGGACAGAGAUGGGCGGUUGGUAGACAUCAUGGAGUGCCGCUACAAGGGAAUUAACAUCGGCUACUGUCCCCAGGUGGAUGCACUUGAUGAUCUGCUCACCGGAGAAGAGCAUUUGUACUUCUAUGCUCGCAUUCGUGGCAUCCCAACGAGGGAGAUCGGUGGGGACCAGCACUCUGCCAUGGUGGAGUACCAUGUACCAAACGCUCCUGGAGGGGUUGCUGACAUCUUCAACCAGCUGGAGUCCAACAAAAAUGCUCUGCGGAUCAAACACUUCUCUGUGAGCCAGACCACACUGGAUGAGGUCUUCAUCAAUUUUGCUAUGGAAAACACUGGCAUGGAAACGGUACCGAUUCACAGCGAAGGCGACGACGAUGGGUCGGACUCCAUUAAGGCUGUAACAUCAUAAAGCUGGCUGUCUUUUUUUUUUCUUUGGUAUUUUGUUCAUUUUAAGAUGAAGAACACUGCCAAUGUAUGUGCUAAACUUACGUUUAGAUACAGUUACGUUAAAUACAUAAAUCUAAAACAAAGUGUGUAGAAAAUGAUUGAUCUCCAAAAGUGUAUUGACUGAUGAUAUAAAUGACACUGAAUCAAAUCUGUAAUGAGGAGCAGAAAACUGUAUUCACUUUAAUGCAUUGAUGCACAAAUGAAGUUAUAAAAAAUAACUUAUGUUUUUCUAUUUCACACUUGGUUUCCCCACCUUAUGUAUGUGCUGUUUUAUUUCUCUCUGUGGUUGGGAUUCAGAACAUUCCCAUAAACAUCUAUUUCUAUCAAUCUUGUGAUUUUCUUUGGUUCUGUUUAACGUUCCCAUGUUCUGAUUGUAUAACACAUUUUAUAUUAUAAAAUGUGAAAUGGAAAGGUGGACAUGUUUAAAUAUGAAGCACAUACAUUUAUGCCAACUUGAUCAACAUUCGUAAAAGAAAACAUUAUUUUUUAAACAUAAAAUAGUAUUUUUCCUAAACAAGAAUAUUUCUCAAUUUUGGAUUGUCUUUACUGAAUUUAAUGACUCUAGAUUUCCUGCUUUUCUACUGUUUAAGUAUGAUCUUAAAUACACAUUGAGAUUAUAUUUCUUGAUCACAAUAAAACAAUUUUUCAAUUGUU